CACAUCAGAAAUAAAUAAGUACUUGUUGGGUGAGUUUCAAGAAAAUAAAGUGUUUCAAAUCUAACUGAACUAUCCUCUGUCCCAAUACACAAACUACCUUUUAACCAAUAGACACACGGUGCGCGCACCCACAAAUUAGCUUUCAUCCACACACGUAUACACACUCAUGUACAAACAACAAACAAGAGCACAAAGUAUAUAAUAAUAUAUUUCGAGGGCAAAACAGGAGAAUUGGCUUUCGGACGUUGGUCUGUCGCCAAGAACCAUAUUUUAGACCCGCAUCACGUAUAAACAGAGAAAGAAGCGAACAGUACAUGAGAUUUAACCGACCUUUAAACAAUUAGAGGUGUUUGUUCCAGGUGUAUUAGAAACUAAUUUUUUUUUUCACUGACACAAAGUUAUCAAAAACGAUGAUUGAAAGAUAAAAUUAAUUAAUGAACUAUUGUUUGAUAAGAACAGGAUGGAUCAAGAAAUUAUCACGAACGAAGAACCAACGGCUUCUGAGAUGAACAGUCGCGAAAUUGAAGGCUCCUCUUCGAGAUUUGAUAAUGACGAGGAAAAUACACAUGAUGAUACGAGAAAUAAUACUCCUACGAGAUCUACAUAUUUUGAACAGAAAAUACAAAUACCAGAAACAGAGGAUUAUAAAUUCAGUUUUCGUAAAUUAUGGGCUUUCACUGGCCCUGGCUUCUUGAUGAGCAUUGCUUACCUGGACCCAGGAAAUAUUGAAUCAGACUUGCAGUCAGGUGCUAAAGCUGGAUUUAAGUUACUAUGGGUUUUGAUGUCAGCAACAAUACUUGGUCUGUUAAUGCAACGACUUGCUGCAAGGCUGGGAGUUGUCACAGGCAUGCACCUUGCCGAGAUUUGCUACACAUAUUACCACCGAAUACCACGUUUGAUAUUAUGGAUUAUGGUCGAAAUUGCAAUCAUAGGUUCAGAUAUGCAGGAAGUCAUAGGAACGGCAACAGCCCUUUAUUUACUUUCAAAUGAAAAACUUCCUCUCUACGCUGGAGUUCUUAUAACCAUUGUUGACACUUUCACAUUUCUUCUACUUGACAAAUAUGGUCUAAGGAAGCUGGAAGCAUUUUUCGGCCUUCUAAUCACAGUAAUGGCAAUAAUGUUUGGAUAUGAGUAUGGUGCUGCAGCUCCAAACCAGGGAGAAAUUUUGAAAGGCCUGUUUAUUCCUUAUUGUAGUGGCUGUGGUCCUACACAGUUGAUUCAAGCUGUUGGUAUUAUUGGUGCUAUUAUCAUGCCUCAUAACAUUUACCUGCAUUCUGCAUUGGUUAAGUCCCGUGAUAUUGACAGAAGCAACAAGAAAAAAGUAAAAGAAGCCAACAUGUAUUAUUUCGUUGAAGCUGCGAUUGCACUGUUUGUAUCGUUCCUCAUCAAUUUGUUUGUCGUGUCCGUCUUUGCUGAAGGUUUCAGUCAAAGGGACGGUAACACAACAGUGUAUGAAGAAUGUAUACAACAUGAUAUUGCAUAUGCUCAUGAAUUUAAUACAACAGACCCUCAAGUUGAUAUUCUGCGUGGUGGCAAGUUUUUGGGCUGUAAAUUUGGUCAAGCUGCUAUGUAUAUAUGGGCUGUUGGAAUUCUAGCUGCUGGUCAAAGCUCUACUAUGACAGGCACUUACGCUGGUCAGUUUGUGAUGGAGGGUUUCCUUAAUCUCUACUGGAAAAGAUGGCAACGUGUUUUACUCACAAGAUCAAUUGCAAUUAUGCCAACUGUCUUAAUAGCUUUCUUCAAAGGAAUCAAUGAUUUGUCUGGUAUGAAUGAUUUGCUAAAUGUCCUCAUGUCACUUCAAUUACCAUUCGCUUUGAUACCAAUUCUAACGUUUACCAGCACCAAAAGUGUGAUGAAUGACUUCAAAAAUGGAAUGCCCAUGAAAAUUCUUACGGGUGUUCUUGCUGCUGUUGUUAUUGCUAUCAAUCUUUUCUUUGUGAUAAUCUACAUGAGAAAACUUCCAUCACACUGGGCAAUUUACUUAUUUGUCAUCCUUGGUACUGUAUUAUACUUGUUGUUUGUUAUAUAUUUGACAUACUUCUGUCUCGUUACAAUGGGUGUUCAGUGUCUUCUAAAGCUACCAUUUUCAAAUUUCUUUGGUAUGAAAUAUGAAUUGGAUAAUAAAGCAAACUCGGAAAUUUCAAUAGAUAAUUUAUCUAGCUCUUACAGAAGUGUAAAUGAUAAUUAAUAACAAUUAUAUUUUUAUAUAUAUUUAAAAAAAAAUAAUAGAAAAUAUUUUUAAAACUGUCACUUUUACAAAUGGAAAACGGCAAAAAUAUCUUAUUCUGUCUUUUCCAAACUUUCAUCUUUCACAUGGAAAACACGGCAUAAAACAUUUUUACUCUGUCAUGGUUGGUUGCAUAUUUUCAAGCCAUUGGCAUUUCAUGUCUAUCAUAAAAACCAUGUAAGAAUGUAUUUUGGGAUGGUCAUUUUUUUUUUCCAAAUAAACACACGGACUAUAUAUUCAUUCUUCA